AUGGUAUUCACAAUGUUGGAACACCCAUCAGAUGUUCAACAAAUUGUCUUAGAGAAUCAUGAUUCACUUCUCUCUUCUUUAAAACCUGACAAUAUCAUAGUCGAUCACACUAGCAGCCACCAAACUCUUGAAAAACAGAUUUUUGAUGUUGCCCGUGAGAAGAACUAUUGGUAUGUCGAUGCUUCGGUAUCCGGUGGUGAUAUUGGCGCUAGAGAAGGGAAAUUGGCUAUAAUAGCUAUCAGAGAUGAAUGCGUUGUGAAGUGGCUAUCUCCUUUGUUUAAUUUAAUAGGGAAACCGACUUACGUGGGUGUUGUUGGGUAUGGAAAAGGUUGUAAAAUUACUGACUAG